CUUUCUUCAACUAUAUUAACCUUUUAAACAAAAAAAAUGGAUUUUUUAAACUCGUCAGACCAAAACUUGACUUCUGAGGAACUGUUAAACCGAAUGCCAUCCAAAAUUCUGGUAUCCCUCACUCUGUCUGGGCUGGCAUUGAUGACAACCACCAUCAACUCCCUUGUGAUCGCUGCAAUCAUUGUGACUCGGAAGCUGCACCACCCAGCCAACUAUUUAAUUUGUUCCUUGGCAGUUACAGAUUUUCUUGUAGCUGUCCUGGUGAUGCCUUUCAGUAUUGUGUACAUUGUGAGAGAGAGUUGGAUUAUGGGACAAGUACUCUGUGACAUUUGGCUGAGUGUUGACAUCAUCUGUUGUACAUGUUCCAUCUUGCAUCUGUCGGCUAUAGCCUUGGAUAGGUACCGAGCAAUCACAGAUGCAGUUGAGUACGCCAGGAAAAGGACUCCCAGGCAUGCUGGCAUCAUGAUUACAAUAGUGUGGGUUAUAUCUGUGUUCAUCUCUAUGCCACCUCUCUUCUGGAGGCACCAAGGAACUAACCGAGAUGAUGAGUGUAUCAUCAAACAUGACCACAUUGUUUCCACAAUUUACUCCACGUUUGGAGCUUUCUACAUCCCGCUUGUAUUGAUAUUGAUCCUCUACUACAAAAUAUACAGAGCAGCAAGGACACUAUACCACAAGAGACAAGCAAGUCGGAUGUUGAAGGAGGACCUGAAUGGCCAAGUCCUUUUGGAGAGUAGUGAGAAGAGCAUUAAACUGGUCUCCACAUCGUACAUGCUAGAAAAAUCCUUAUCCGAUCCAUCAACAGACUUUGAUAGAAUUCAUAGCACAGUGAAAAGUCCCAGGUCGGCGUUGAAGCAUGAGAAAUCUUGGAGAAGACAGAAAAUCUCAGGCACUAGAGAACGCAAAGCAGCCACUACCCUGGGAUUGAUUUUGGGUGCAUUUGUAAUAUGUUGGUUGCCCUUUUUUGUAAAAGAGUUGGUUGUUAAUGUCUGUGAAAAAUGUAAGAUUUCUGAAGAAAUGUCAAAUUUUUUGGCAUGGCUUGGUUACCUUAAUUCCCUUAUAAAUCCACUGAUUUAUACCAUCUUUAAUGAAGAUUUCAAGAAAGCCUUCCAAAAACUUGUACGAUGCCGAUAUUAGGAUAAAAGAAGCCUAUUUUUAAAUGGUGGAGGCUUUACUUGUUGGGAGGAUAACUAAAUGAAUGUACAAUAAUAAAACAUUUAAAUUUUUAGAGAAAAUAUAUUAAGACUGCUAAAAUUAUAAGAGGAUAAAUUUAUUUUUAAUAACACCAAGAAAAUAAGAUGUAUUAAUCUGGCCAUCAUUUUAAUGUUCUCAAGAUUAGGAAAUUAUUUAUGCAGCUCAGCUCACAAUAUUUUGUCUAU